AAACCGUAAGCUAAUUACCGUUGGAACUGAAGGGAAAUAGCACUUAAAAAGCUACCGUAAGCAAUCACAGUAGCCGAUCGCUGUGGCCUGCCGCCUUGGUUAAAAUGGCAAUGCAUCGCUCUCUUGCUUCCAUUCUUCUUCUUCUUCUUCUGCUUCUUCUUCUCUGAUUAAUACACCUCAAACUAAAUAUCCUCUUCUUCCACUUCACUGGCCGACAUGUCAACGGCCUCUUCCUGUCUCGUCCUCUUCUGUUUUCUCUGCCUAUUCUCUGCCCUCAAAUCACAAUCCGACGAACUUCAAAUUCUACUCAACCUCAAAACCGCAUUUCACAAGUCAAAUACUGAUGUUUUCAAUUCAUGGAAUUCAAGGGAUUUCAUCUGUAACUUUACUGGAAUCACCUGCAAUUCAGUUAAUUCAGUUACAGAGAUUGAACUCUCGAAUCAGAACUUAGUUGGGUUUGUUCCUUUUGAUUCCAUAUGCAAGCUUCCAUCCUUGGAAAAGCUCUCGCUUGGUUUCAAUUCUCUGUCGGGGAGUAUCUCAGAUGACUUGAAUAAGUGCACAAAUUUGAAAUAUCUUGAUCUGGGAAACAAUCCUUUCAACGGUCCUUUUCCAAAAUUUUCUUCUUUGAAUCAAUUACAGCACUUGUUCUUGAACUGGAGUAUGUUCUCGGGUGUUUUUCCGUGGAAAUCACUGGAAAAUAUCACAGGUCUUGUCACUCUGAGUUUAGGAGACAAUCCUUUUGAUACAACUCCAUUUCCAUCGGAGAUUGUUAAGCUAACAAAGCUCAAUUGUCUUUACUUAUCGAAUUGCAGCAUCGGCGGCAAGAUUCCACAGGAAAUUGGAGAUCUUUCCGAGCUUAUAAACUUGGAACUUUCUGAUAAUAAUAUAUCCGGAGAGAUUCCUCCCCAGAUAGGAAUGCUCAAGAAUCUCUGGCAGCUGGAGCUCUACAACAACAGCUUGACCGGAAAACUACCUGCUCAAAUCGGAAACCUAACAAAACUGGAGAAAUUCGAUGCAUCUAUGAACUAUCUGGAAGGCGGUUUAUCUGAAUUGAGAUCCUUGAGUAACCUGGUAACUCUGCAGCUAUACGAAAACGAGCUUUCUGGUGAAAUACCUAUGGAGUUUGGGCAGUUCAAGAAACUCGUAAAUCUUUCUCUGUACGGGAACAAGUUGACCGGCCCUCUCCCUCCGCAGCUUGGGUCUUGGGCCAAUUUUAUUUUCAUCGAUGUGUCGGAGAAUUACUUGACAGGUCUGAUUCCACCGGAUAUGUGCAAGCAGGGAACCAUGGAUGCGCUUCUCAUGCUCCAAAACAAUUUUACUGGGGAAAUUCCGGCCAGCUAUGCGAGUUGUACUACGUUAAAGAGAUUCAGAGUCAGUAAAAACUCGCUUUCGGGCAGUAUUCCGGCUGGAAUUUGGGGAUUGCCCAACGUGAACAUAAUCGAUAUCGAGUUUAAUCACUUUGAAGGCCCGGUGACUUCUGAUAUUAGGAACGCCAAGAAUCUUGUACAGUUGUUCUUGGGAAACAACCGAUUAUCCGGUGAAUUGCCAGAGGAGAUUUCGAGAGCUACAUCGUUGUUUUCAAUAAAGUUAAACGACAAUAAAUUUUCCGGGAAGAUACCGGAGACAAUCGGAGAACUUAAGCGACUAAGCAGCCUUCAUUUGGAGAACAACUUGCUCUCUGGUUCAAUUCCAGAAUCACUAGGCUCUUGUGAUUCCCUCAGCGAUCUAAACAUAGCUCAUAAUUUGCUUUCCAAUCAAAUCCCAUCAUCAUUAGGAUUUCUCCCGACUCUAAAUUCUCUGAAUUUAUCAGAGAAUCAACUCUCAGGUCAAAUCCCAAACACCUUGUCGUCAUUGAGACUAAGCCUCCUUGAUCUAAGCCACAAUAGAUUAACUGGUCGCAUACCUCAAUCUCUGUCAAUUGAAGCAUACAACGGAAGCUUUGGCGGAAAUUCUGGCCUCUGCAGCCAAACAGUGAGCACUUUUCAGCGAUGCAAGCCGGAAGCCGGAAUGUCCAGAGAUAUCCGUACGCUUAUUGCUUGCUUUGGCGUAGGAGCAGCACUCUUGGUUCUCUCACUUGUAUACUUCUUGUACUUAAAGAAGAAAGAAAAGGAUCAUGAACGUUCAUUGAAGGAAGAAUCUUGGGAUGUAAAGUCCUUCCAUGUGUUAAGCUUCGGUGAGGAUGAGAUUCUUGAUUCCAUAAAGGAAGAGAAUCUAAUCGGAAAAGGAGGGUCAGGAAACGUUUACAAAGUAGCACUUGCCAAUGGUAAAGAUCUUGCAGUGAAACAUAUCUGGAAUACAGAUUUCGGUGGCCGGAAAAAGGGGUGGAGCACCGCACCGAUGCUUGCUAAAAGGGGAGGAAAAUCUACAGAAUUUGAUGCAGAAGUGCAGACGUUGAGCUCAAUAAGACAUGUCAAUGUGGUGAAGCUGUUUUGUAGCAUAACCAGUGAGGACUCUAGCCUGUUGGUUUAUGAGUACAUGCCUAAUGGAAGCUUAUGGGAUAGUCUGCAUACUACAAGAAAGAUGAAGCUGGACUGGGAGACUAGGUAUGAGAUCGCCGUCGGAGCAGCCAAGGGACUUGAGUAUCUGCAUCACGGAUGCGACCGACCGAUAAUUCACAGAGAUGUGAAGUCCAGUAACAUUUUGUUGGAUGAGUUUUUGAAGCCUAGGAUUGCUGAUUUUGGACUAGCCAAGAUUGUUCAAGCCAAUGGAGGCAAAGACUCCACCCAUGUGAUUGCUGGCACCCAUGGUUACAUAGCUCCUGAAUAUGGAUACACAUACAAAGUGAAUGAGAAGUGUGAUGUCUAUAGCUUUGGAGUUGUGCUAAUGGAGUUGGUGAGUGGGAAGAGGCCAAUAGAGCCUGAGUACGGAGAUAACAAAGAUAUAGUGGAUUGGGUCUCCAGCAAUUUGAAGAGUAAAGAGAGAGUGUUGAGUAUAAUAGAUUCCAGGAUUCCAGAAUUUUUUAAGGAAGAUGCUGUCAAGGUUUUGAGAAUUGCAAUCCUCUGCACUGAGAGGCUUCCUUCGCUAAGACCCACCAUGAGAAAAGUUGUUCAAAUGCUAGGAGAAGCUGAACCUUGUAAGGUGGUAAGCAUUGUCAUUACUAAAGAUGGUGCUAGCAAGAUAAAGGAAGUGACUGAUACGGAGAAGUUCAAUCCUGACAUCUAAGCAUCCCUAACCGGAAAAAUUUUAUUAUACAGCCAUUAUAUAUAUUACAGUCAUCGAUUACAGUGGAUUUUUUAUAUGAUCAAUAUCUAAUUGUCAUAUAUAUAACGGUUGUAUGUAAUAAUUUUUCUCUCAUUUGAUUUGGUUAAGGGGAUUUUAUGUUAACAUGUAGAAUAUAUAGUGUAAUAUAGUUGCUUGUAACAUAUCAGCUGGUCUGUAAUUUUGAUGCAGAGAGUCAGAGCUCUGUUGUGUUGUUUUAAACAACUGAAGGCUAAGGAAAUCCCAAAAUUCCAAUAAAAUUGAUGGAGGUUUUGUUUCUCAAA